AUGGGAGGUCCGUACGCUAACGCUCUUCUGAUAACGAUAACGAACGUCACCGACGUUCCACAGCAACAGGGACACCGCACGAGCAGCGGGCUCACCGGAAAGAUGGCUCUGCAUAAUGGAACUGGGGUGUUAAAUCAAAUCAUCAUUUCGCCUUCGGACACCGAUUAUCUUGACCAGCUCAUCCCCUCUAUUCGCGAGUACAGCGUCGGCAAUCGAACUCCUCAGCUACUCCAGUCCCUAUCGCGAUUUGCAAGUGACAAGGAGGCAGAGAUCGAGAGCAUUUGCAAUACCAACCAUCAGGACUUCGUCUCUUCGGUCAAUUCCCUCCUGCGCAUCCGAGAAGGCACUGUCACCCUCACUGCGGAGAUUCUUGAUCUCAACCAGUCGAUCCAAACGAGUACCGAGCGCCUGGCAGAACAGAAGAAGGCAUUGGUGGAGUCUCGAAGCCAUCGACAAAAUAUUGACGAGACGUCGCGCGCGAUUCAAGAUUGUCUCGAGGUUUUGCGAUUGGCGAAUCAGGUCCACGACCUGCUAGCCAAGAAAAACCAUUAUGCCGCCUUGCGUGCGCUGGAGGAGCUACAAAAUGUGCAUCUCAAGGGUGUCACCCAGUACAAGAUCGCGGAAAUGAUUCAACGAUCGGUGCCUGCGACUCAAAGGGCCAUUGCGGAAGCUGUCAUGUCUGACCUGAACACGUGGCUGUAUCGCAUUCGGGAGAUGUCUCCGUUUCUCGGAGAGUUGGCUUUGUUUCACACGGAUCAGCGCAAGUCAAGACUCAAGCAACGCGCGGAGAAAAUCCCAUACCUUGAAAACUUCAACCUGAACUCUGCGAUUGAGCUUGUGGCGGAUGAGGACGAAGAGUACGAUCUUCUCCAAAACGAAGAUCUUCAGGUACCAUUUGCGCCUUUGUUCGAGUGCUUGCAUAUCCAUCAGUCCUUGGGGCAGAUGGACAAGUUUAGGAUCGAGUAUGCGAACACACGGCGUCGACAAAAAGAUCUUUUGCUUCCUGCGUCCGUCACGCUCGUAGAUGAGGAUGGCGCCAGUCUUCACAAUAUGCUAGAGGAAAUGGCAGGCUUUGCGAUUGUUGAGCGCGCAACGAUGAAACGAGUGCCAGACCUUAGGUCGUCUGUUGACAUUGACGAACUGUGGGAUUCAUCAUGCCAGGCUGCGGUUGGUGUAAUAGCCAAAGCGCUGCACGAAGUCGAUAAUGCGGAGAGUAUUCUGAAGACGAAAAAUCUGAUUGCGCUCUUCAUGCAGACAAUGAAUACAUGGGGCUUUUCCGUCCGAGUCUUUGAUGACUUCCUAUUGAAGUUGUUUGAAAAAUAUGCGGAGCUACUCAAGAGGCGGUUCAGUGAUGAUUUUCAAGAGAUCGUAUCGACGGAUGACUACAUGCCAAUGCCUAUUCAGACUCUAGAGGAGUAUGACAAGGUGCUCAACGUGAGCUGGUACAGUCCUGAAAAGCCCCGGGAGGAACAAGUUUUCCCCUGCAUCCUGCCAUUCUCAAGGAUGUAUCCCUUGUGCUGCAUCGACAUCCGAAAUUUCUUGAACCAGUUCUACUUCUUUGCAAAUGACGACUUUUCUCACCCCGAUGUGAUUGAUGAGACAUUAAAGGACGCGCUGGAUGACCUCCUCUCACGAAAAGUUUGCGAUACCCUGGUGGAGCGCCUUUCCUCACAGUAUCUCGGACAAAUCGUUCAGAUCCUGAUCAACCUGGAACACUUUGAACUGGCCUGCCAUGAACUGGAACUCCUCCUGGCGGCCGCGCGGUCACAAAACUCGACGGGUACCUCCAUCGCGCUGAGGGCCACCGAGAAAUUCAAAAGCAACAAAAAGGCCGCCGAGAAGCGGAUCUUCGAGGUGGUCAACUCCAAGAUUGACGAUCUCAUCGAAACUGCAGAAUAUGAAUGGAUGGCACCUCACCCUCCCACCGAACCAAGCAAUUACAUGCAAACCCUGACACGGUUCCUGUCCAACAUUAUGAACUCCACUUUGCUCGGGUUGCCCACCGAAAUCAAAGAGCUGAUCUAUUUUGACGCGCUCAGUCAUGCCGCAAACAUGAUCUUGGCUCAACCUCUCGCUCCCGAAGUGAGGACCAUCAAUCCCAAUGGUGUCAUCGCAUUGGCCAAGGAUGUCGAAUACCUUACACAGUUCGUUGACAGCCUGAAUGUCCCUAUCCUGCGUGAGAACCUCGACGAGCUACAACAAACGGUGCAGUUGAUGCAAGCGGAUAAUGCGGACGAGUUCUACGACAUCUCAACCCGAAACAAAAAAUACGGACGUGUUGAUGCCAUGCAAGGUCCUGUCUUGCUUGAGAAGUUAACUCGAACGGUACAAGUACCAACCAAGGUGGACAAAUUCGUGAAUCUGUCCGCGCGAUUCAAGAAGUCCUCAUGA